UGCCGAUCCUAACUUUACCCAACGCAAACAUCUGGUUGUCGUCUCUCACCAUCGCGAUCACGGCAAUUGAGGUUAAAUUCUUGCACCAUGAGCGGGCGACGAGGAGCAAGAGGAACGGGCAUUCGGGGGCCGCACUCUGCGCUGACAGACUUCUUGGCCGCCAACAACAUCUCCGCCCAAGAGAUCCGCGAUUCAUAUCGCCAGCGCGUGCAACGAGCCGAGCAGGACGCCCCUCCUGAUGCAGACAACGGUGAAGGUCCGUCGAACACCGAGAAUAAUGGUGAAGAUCCUACCGAGGAGGACCUACUGGCAGAGUCCUCUGUCAUGGCAGCCGAACGCAGCCGCAAGCGCAAGCGCAACCAGGACGAAGCCAUCGCAAAGAUAAAGAAGGGCAAGGAAACGAAAAAGAAGGCUGCCUCCAAGAAGAAAAAGAAAGGCUCGGACGACGAGUCUGACUUUGAGGACAUGAUGGACAUGUACAAGAAAGCGAAACCGCUGCCUGGACAGUUGGAUAAUUGCGAGCUCUGCAGCAAGCGGUUCACCGUCACGCCAUACAGCAAGGCUGGGCCUGAAGGCGGAUUGCUCUGCACCCCUUGCGGCAAAGAAAUGGUCAAGGAAGCCAAGGCACACGAAAAGUCAACUAAGCCUGUCGUCCGCAAGGGCCGUAGGAAGAUUGAGAGCAACCGUCUGGACGGUAUGACUAUGGGCGGGCCGAAAUCGCUGCAGCUGCUAUGCAUCGAGAAACUCGCCAAGCACUCCGAGGACAUUGAUGAGCUGGGUGAGAUGCCAGAGGGCGUCAUGAACCGUAUCAGUGAAAUCUUCUCCAAGAAGAGAGCAAUGAACUCCACGACGAUGAAGCUGUUCCUGCAGCCAGAUAUGGAGUCGGUAGCUAUUCAUGAGGCAGCGUACCUUGAAACAGAAGACUAUAACCAGAUCUUUGCUGUCUGCCCGAACGUCAAGCGAGUUUCUCUGCGCAAUUGCUGCCAGUUCAAGGACAGCAACAUUGACUACAUGAACGAGAAGGCCAAAGCUCUCACUGACAUCCAGCUUCUGGGUGCCAAUUUAGUCUCGAACGACAAGUGGGCCGAACUCUUCAUCGCGCGAGGCCAAGACCUCAAGUCCUUCAAGGUAGAGUGGCUAGACGCUGCUUUUGACGACCAGGCUGUGGAGGCGCUUACAACCUUCUGCCCCAAUCUCGAACGCCUCAAACUGGAACGCUGCAAGCGGAUUGGAAAAGACAGCAUCGACGCGAUUGCCCGGCUACAUCAUCUCAAGCAUCUCACCCUACGCUUCUACGAGCCUAUCCCUCGUGAGAAGCUCAUCCACCUCAUAACUUCUGUAGGCGCCCACCUACGCACACUCUGCUUGGAGCACUUCCUCGAUGACUCGGUAGAUCCUACAGAUGAUGUCCUCGAGAUCAUUCACGACACCUGUCGCCAUCUGAUCAAGUUCCGCUUUACUGAGAACAACGAGUGCACUGAUGCCGGCUAUGUCAAUCUCUUUUCGAACUGGGCGAACCCGCCAUUGCACUACAUCGACGUGAACAGCACACGCGACAUGGACAACACCAACCCGGAUGGCCCGGAAGACUGCCCUAUAGGUUUGGCUUCAGACGGUUUCCGCGAGAUGAUGAGCCACUCUGGCAAGCGCGUUGAGUUUCUAGACAUAUCGUCGUGCCGACACAUCUCACACAGCACCUUGGUAGAAAUCUUCGACGGGACGCGACAGUAUCCACAUCUUCGCGAAGUCAACCUUUCGUUCUGUCCCGUCGUCGACACGGAGAUCAUAGCGGGUGUCUUCCGGUCUUGCCCAAUGAUCAAGAAGGUCGUCACAUUUGGCUGUUUCCAAGUUGCCGAUGUGGUCGUGCCGAGGGGCAUCGUAUUGAUCGGUGCUCCAAGAGCGCAGGAUCAGAUCGAGCAGUUCGGGGAGGUGGUGUUUGACUUCCAGAAGAAUGCACAGAAGGAGAAGGAUGACAUGAGGGCUAUGGGACGUAUUGUGCCAGUCAUGGGCUGAGCCGGUCGUCAACAGGCGUUGGAGGAGUGGCAGUCUUUACACUGGACCAACCCACGCACUCACACUAACGCCCCCUACGAAAACGGUGUUAGGCGUUCAUGAAAGGGCUAUGGCAGGGCACUUCAUUUCUUAUACAUUUCUUUUUUCUCGGCGUCGGCGAUCCAGUCCCAGCUGACAUGGAACAACGUCCAUGUCCUGGAUUCACGCUUGAUAUAUAUGCAUUUCACGACUUGAUAAAUUUCUAUG